AAACUACACCAAAUCGCAGCAGCAGCAGCAGAACUUCAGUAGCAGUAGUCACGAAAGUUAGAAAAAUGGAAAGUGCCGUCGUCGACGCGAAAUUCCCUGCCGGGUCGCUCGUUCCGAAGAACGAAACCGGGGCGCUCAACUUUGUCCGCAAGUUCCCGACCUACAACGGCCAAGACGUGACCAUCGCCGUGCUCGAUUCCGGCGUAGAUCCGCUCGCCAAAGGGCUCGAGACCGUCCCCGGUGGCGAUGUAAAAGUGAUCGAGCGCUUCGACUGCUCCGGCUGCGGCGACGUCGACACCAGCAAAGUGGUGACGGCCUCCGCCGACGGCACCAUCGUUGGUCUGUCCGGUCGCGUGCUGCGCCUGUCCACCGCCAUGAAGACCAAGAACCUGUCGCCGGCCGGUGAGUUCCGGCUGGGGCUGAAGAGCAUGCACGAUCUGUACCCGUCGCGGAUUCGCGAAAAGAUCGUCGCCGACUGCAAGUUGAAAACGUGGGACGAAGCGCACAAGCGGACGCUGGCGGGGGCCAGUCGGGACGUGGCGGAGUUUGAGGCGAAGAAUCCGGCCGUGCAGAGUUUGCCGCUGAAGGAGCGGCUCGCGAAGGAGAACUUGGACUGUACGUUGGAGUACUUGAACGGGUGUGAAAAGAAGUAUGGGGAUUUGAAGACCACGUACGACUGCGUGUUGUACGCGACCGAGGCCGGCUGGGUGGCGGUGAUCGAUACGACCGAGUGCGGCGAUCUGGAGCGGGCCGUGCACGUGGGAGAGUACGGGCGGACACAUCAGAUGGCGAAUCUGGACGACUUUUUGUCGAUAUCGGUGAACGUGCAUGACGGCGGGGACGUGCUGGAGAUUGUUGGGAUGUGCUCGAGUCACGGCACUCACGUUGCGUCCAUUGCCUGCGGACACCAUCCGGACAAUCCGGAGCUGGACGGAGUGGCACCUGCAGCCAAGGUCGUUUCGCUGACCAUCGGAGACGGUCGGUUAGGGUCGAUGGAAACGGGCACGGCGUUGGUUCGGGCCAUCAUCAAGGUCAUGGAGCUGUGCGAGGCAGGUCGUCGAAUCGACGUGAUCAACAUGAGCUACGGCGAGCACGGUCACUGGUCCAACUCGGGUCGGGUUGGUGAACUGAUGAGCGAACUGGUCAACAAGUACGGAGUUGUGUGGGUCGCUUCAGCGGGUAAUCACGGUCCUGCUUUGUGCACCAUCGGAACUCCACCGGACAUAAGCCAGCCGAGCUGCGUCGGAGUUGGUGCGUACGUGUCCCCUGAAAUGAUGGAAGCAGAGUACGCCCUUAGACAGAAGCUCCCGGGGAACGUCUACACAUGGACAUCCCGCGACCCAUGCAUCGACGGAGGAUUUGGCGUGACCGUGUGCGCCCCCGGUGCGGCCAUCGCAUCCGUUCCACAGUUCACAAUGUCCAAGGCACAGCUGAUGAACGGAACUAGCAUGGCUGCACCGCACGUUGCCGGAUCAGUUGCCCUGCUGAUCUCCGGCCUCAAGCAGAGGAACGUCCCGUACACGGCAUUCAGUAUUAAACGCGCCCUCUGGAACACUGCCACCAAAAUCGACUACGUUGACAAGUUUGCCCAGGGCAACGGUCUGCUGAACGUGGAAAAAGCGUUCGAAAACCUGACCACCUACUCGGGACUGAUCGAGAACAAGCUGCGAUUCGCCGUGAGCGUCGGCAGCAACGGAGCCAAGGGCAUCCACAUCCGGCAGGGUCAACUGACCAAGCCGGAAGAGUUCAGCGUCAACAUCGAGCCAGUAUUCUUCAACGACAAGUACGCGGCUUGCGCCGACAAGAUCAACUUCAACGUCAGACUGACGCUCAUUCCAACCGAGGCCUGGAUUCAAUGCGGUUCCUUCCUGGACCUCUGCUACUCGGCACGAACCAUCAGCGUCAAGGUAGAUCCCACCGGACUGAGCGCUGGUGUUCACAGAGCCAGUAUUAAAGCGUACGACUCGGCCUGCCCGGAAAAAGGCGUCCUCUUCGAGAUCCCCGUCACCGUGGUCCAGCCGAUCGUGGUUGAUCCGAAAACUCUCGAGUACACCGCCUCCGAGGCGAUCAGCUGCAAACCCAACACCAUUCUGCGAAACUUCUUCCUGGUGCCGAGGUACGCGACGUGGGCCGUGCUGGAGAUGAUUUCCGCCGACACGAACGACACCGUCGGCGGUAAGUUCCUAAUCCACACGAUGCAGAUUCUGCCGAUGAAGUACUGCAAGGCGCAGGAAACGCAAAAGAUACUGCCGGUGAACAGCGUCGCGACGACGGUGCACCCGUUCAAGUGUGUGGGCGAUAACAUCCUCGAGGUCUGCAUCGCCAAGUAUUGGUCCAACUUUGGAACGGUUCCGCUGAAGUACACCAUCAAAUUCCACGGCAUUUCUCCGCUCAACGGAAAGGUUAUGCACAGCGCCACCGGCAUCCACCGAAUCGACCUGACGACGCUGUCCGCCGAGGAGGUCCUCCCCUCCGUCUCGCUCAAAUCGGCCGUCAUGGUCCUAAAACCUUCGGACACGAAGAUCACCCCGCUGACGGCGCGCGACGUGAUCCAUCCGGGCCGGCAGAUCUACCAGAACGUGCUGUCGUACAGCCUGCACCUGAACAAGUGCCAGGAGGUGGCGUUCAACGCACCGCUGUUCAGCUCCGUGCUGUACGAGAGCGAGUUCGAGUCGCAGUUCUGGAUGGUGUUUGACGCGAACAAGAUGAUGGUCGGCUGCGGGGAUGCGUACUCGAACGAUUCCUACCUGAAGCUGGAGAAGGGCGACUACACGGUACGGUUGCAGGUUCGCCACGAGAAGAAGGAGCUGCUGGAGAAGGUCGGAGAGGCGACGCUGCUGGCGCACAUCAAGCUGGCAAAUACGCUGUCGGUGGACAUUUACAAGUCGUACAACCAGGCCAUCGCUAACGGGAAGAAGAUUACGACCUGUGCAUUCCCGGCGGGCGUAACGCGACCGAUCUACCUGGCGCCAAUCGGUAACGAGAAGCUGCAGAAGGCUUCGUUUCCGAAUCAGUGCUCGUGGCUUGAGGGUACGAUCGUGUACGCGAAGGACGAGUUGGGCAAGAAGUGUGACACGCACAACUUCCAGUACGUGCUGACCGAGGGUCCAGCGGUCAAGAAGAAUGGAACGGCUGGGGGAAGUCCUAAGGAGAACAAGAGCAAGUUUGAGGAGUACAGCGAAGGACUUCGCGACUAUCAGGUCUCGCAGAUUGCCAAGCUGGACGCGGAGAACGCCGAGCAGGUGUACAAAGCCGUACUGAAGGACAAUCCCAACUUUUUGGGAGCUCAUUUGGCACUGAUUGAUAAUCUGGACGGUGGUUCGGAGCUAAAGUCGGGUCUGCCGCUUUCGUUCAUUGCCGGGCUGGAGAAGCUUGAGGGAGGAGCGCCGGCCGCGGCACUGCUAAAGGUGAAACUGCUCAAGAUCAUCGAGCUGGCCGACCUGGUCAUCAACGAUAUCGACCAGAACGCGCUGCUUGCGUACUACGGACUGAAGACCGAUAACCGACCGAACGCGGCUAAAAUUAAGACUCAAAUGGACAAACAGAAGCAGCAGUUGCUGGAGGCCGCUCAGAAAAAGUUAAUCGCCCUGUGCAAGCUUCGCCUCAUCAAGGCCGUCGUGGAUAGCAACGAGGUGGGCGACGCCGAAGUCGAUCAGCUGACGGAAAUCGAACAGAUCUUCAAUGACGUCGGCAAAUUUAUUGAUUACAGUGACGCCAAGGUUCUGCCGCUAUCGAUUUGGCACGCGUUUACCCAGAAGCAGUACGGCCGACUGCUCCGGUACCUCGGCAAGCUGUACGAGGACAAGCUGUCGCGCGAAGUGCUCGAGGAGCAAAUCCGCGUGGUGCAGGAAAGCAAGUGGCCCCACGUAGAACAGCUGCUGAACAAGGUGAUCGUCACCUCGAACCCGCAGGGCUAUCGACUGUUUUAAGCAGUAGUUACAGGUUGUUGAACGACGCAGUCUCCGGACCGGGAGUUUGAUGCAUAUUUGUUUUAGACGUUUGGUUAAGCCACGCCCUUAACCAAGAAGACACACCCAUUAACUGACGAGAACGAUUCUGGAUCUCAGCGAAGCGUUUAACUGAAAUUGAUGAGACUUUAAAUCCGAUUUUAUUUUAAAAGGUACUGAGAGAGAGUAUAGAAAACAUCCAAUUAUACAAAGUUUCCCUGCAAAAAAAGUAUCGUGUUGUGUAGAUUAGAGAUUUAUAUUUUCAAAUUAAAUUCAGAUAGUAUAUGUAUUGAAAUUUGCAUGCUAGAAUCGAUAUCGUGUGUUCUCACCUCACUCGUCGUUAGCUACGCUCCAAUAAUUAAGAAACGGCAGCGACAGCGAAAGCCAUCCAUCCGAAUAAAACGGUAAACUACCUGUUAAUUGGUUCCACCAAUCCACCACCGUGCAAGAGGGCAAAAGUGCACAAUUCAUUCAACAUGAUUACCAUACCUUCGCAUAUAACUAACAAAGAGGGAAUCGAUGGCGGUAACGCUGAUGAUUGUAAUUAGACUAAUCUAGGUCGAAUUAUUACUAAUAAAGGCUAACUGAUCAGAA